AUGAAAGUCGCCAUCACAAACCUCUCUUCUCUUCGUUCUUCUGUGCCAAAGUUCUUGACAAAGUUUGAUAAUGGGAUUCACCUUUACGAAGAAAAGGAGUGGUGGAGUGUGAAAGAAAUGGGAGACAAGCAUGGUUGGAUGGCAGGCGUGGGAGUGAUAAGUGAGUGUGGAAAGUACAGAAUCGCGCAAGCGGCGCAUAGACACAACGCAACGCAAGAUUGGCAACACAGCAGCAGCAUGCAACAGUCCCACAGCACCCGAGAAACUGAGCAGAACAAGUUCCAUUCCUAUAAUAAUCUUGAGAGGGGUGUAUCGGUGUUGGGAUCUGGCGGUGCUUUUGUCUCACCUUGUGUUUCCACAACUGUCAUUCAGUUUCACUGUUUCAGGAAUAGGUGA